UGGACUAAGUUGUUUCGUAUUGUUUUGCGGUAAAUUGAUUGCGAUUCUUUAACGCAUUGUUAAUGAUUUCGCGCGUAAUUCUUUCGUUACAUUCGCAACGAAACUGUUUUCGUGUGAAUACGCUCUGAUAAUCGGUAUUUUUACGUUUUUACGAACAAAGCUAUCAAGAUGCCGGUGUUUCACACAAAAACCAUAGAAAGCAUCCUCGAGCCUGUCGCACAACAGGUCUCAAGGCUUGUUAUCUUACAUGAAGAAGCUGAAGAUGGAAAUGCAAUGCCCGAUUUGGGAAGGCCUGUUCAAGCAGUUAGUACAGCAGUGGCAAAUCUUGUAAAGGUGGGAAAGGAAACAAUCAAUUCUUCUGAUGAUGCUCUGCUUAAACAAGAUAUGCCUGCUGCAUUACAACGGGUUGAAGGAGCUUCACGUCUCCUGGAAGAGGCAUCAGCUAUGCUAAAACAGGACCCAUAUUCUGGUCCAGCUAGGAAAAAGCUUAUAGAAGGUUCACGUGGGAUUCUUCAAGGAACUAGUUCCCUAUUGUUGUGUUUUGAUGAAAGUGAAGUACGUAAAAUUAUUAGAGAGUGUAAAAGAGUAUUAGAUUACUUGGCAGUAACAGAAGUCAUUGAAACAAUGGAAGAUUUAGUUCAUUUCCUUAAAAACUUAAGUCCUUGUCUUAGCAAAGUAUCAAAAGAAGUAAGUGCCCGUGAAAAAGAGUUAACUCAUCAAGUACACAGGGAAAUUCUUGUACGCUGCUUAGAGCAGGUAAAAACACUUGCACCAAUCCUCAUUUGCUCCAUGAAAAUAUUUAUUCAUAUUAUCUCUCAAGGAGGUAAAGGAGCAGAAGAGGCAGCUGAAAAUCGUAACUACCUAUCUGGCAGAAUGUCAGAUGAAUUAAAUGAAAUUAUUAGAGUGUUGCAACUGACAACAUAUGAUGAAGAAGAAUGGGAUGCUGAUCAGUUAACAGUACUGAAAAAAGCACAAAGUGCCAUAGAAUCUAGAAUAAGAGCUGCUUAUGAUUGGUUGGAUGAUGGACUUGCUUUGCGUGGUGGUGUAGGGGAAAAAAGUCUUCGUCAAAUAGUUGAACAAGCACAGCGAUUAGCAGAAAGAUAUCUUCCACCCUCACAAGCAGAACCAUUGCAAAAAUUAAGUUCACAAAUUGUUACUAUGACUAAUGCUCUUUGUGAAUUACGACAAAACGAGAAAGGAACCACACCUCAAGCAGAAGCAUUAGCGCGUGGUAUAAAAGAAAAAACGAACGAACUUCGUAGCUCUAUUGCUUCCGCUAUAGUGGCUGCCGACAAAUCUGGAACUACACAAACUGCUCAUACAGUCGCAGGUCGUCUAGAACAAGCUAAUAAGUGGCUUCUUAAUCCACAACACGAUGACAAAGGACUUGGUCAGAGGGCUAUAGCUUUGAUUAUACAUGAAGGGAAGAAGGUUGCCGAAGGUUUGCCUGGCAUACAUAAAGCAGAAAUUCUACAAUUAUGCGAUGAGGUUGACAAUCUUUCUCAUCAACUUGGAGACUUAUGCGCUCAUGGUCAAGGGAAUACUCCUCGUGCCCAAGAAAUAGCUCGUCAACUAUCCUAUAAACUGUAUGAGCUGAAAAACAGAAUACAGCAAGCUGUUGUAUCUAGAGUGGUUGAAGAUUUUAUUGAUAUAACUACACCUUUGAAGCAAUUCACGGAUGCUGUAUUAGCUCCAGAAAGCACCCCAGGACGCGAUCAAAAUUUCAACGAUAAAACGCUUGCUCUUCAAACGUUCUCCAAUAGAGCAGCAAAAACAGCCAGAAUGGUGGCUGCUGGUGGAAGUGGUGGGAAUAAAAAAUUAGCGGAGGCGUUAACCGCAAGCGCUUCACAAGUUGAAUCGUUGACGCCACAAUUGAUAAAUGCUGGACGAAUUCGUAUGACGUAUCCAGACAGCAAAGCAGCAGACGAGCAUUUUGAAAAUUUGCGACAACAGUAUGCAGAAACAAUGCAGAGAGCACGAGCAUUGUGCGAUGAAGCAACUGAUAGCGGAGAUUUUAUUCGAACUUCUGAAGAACAGAUGCAAAAGCAUUCGUUCCUGUGUGAAGAGGCUAUUGCAAAGAGUCACCCGCAGAAAAUGGUUGACAAUACAGCUGCCAUUGCUAGAUUGGCUAAUAGGGUCAUACUCGUUGCUAAACAAGAAAGCGAUAACAGUGAAGAUCCUGCGUUCAUUAAAAGAGUGAAUCAGGCUACAGAUAUUCUCCAAAAUAGUGAGUAAUAUAUAAUGAUGUUAUUUAACAAUAUUUUUGUAUAUAAUUUAAUUUAAUUAUUAUCAAAGUUAGUUGCAAUUAAUAUUAAUGACAGUAAUGCAGUUUCCCGUUGGAGAGAAAGUAAUCGUGCGCUUUUGUCUAAUGUGGGGCAAGUUCGUAAAGCUAUUAUAAUUCAACCAGAUUUGAUACCUCCGCCCGAGGUAUCACAGUUACAUCUUAACGAUGACAAACAAUUGCCAAGCCGUCAAUAUAAUUACUUCACAGACAAAGUUGGUGAGCCUUUAAGAAAUCAACCAUCUCCAAGCAAUUUAUGUGUCAUCAGCCCUAAUUUGAACACAAAUAAAUCUCAACGUCGCUCUAUUAGUCCAUUACCAAAAUGGGCACGUGAAGGAGAUAACCCUGAUCUCUUAUAUCAAGAACUGGCUUCUGACAACGAGUUAGAAAAAUCAGUUCAAGAUGGAGAAAUUGCCCCACCUCGUCCACCAUUACCAGGUGGUGAUAUUCCUCCUCCACGACCUCCGCCACCUGAAACGGAUGACGAAGACGAAAUGUUUAUGCACGCACCACAACCCAAUCAGCCUAUAAUGAUGGCUGCUCAUGGUUUGCAUCAAGAAGUACGACAAUGGUCAAGCAAAGAUAAUGAAAUUAUUGCCGCUGCGAAAAAGAUGGCUUUCUUAAUGGCUAAAUUAUCAGGUUUAGUUAGAGGAGAGGGUGGUAACAAGAGGGAUCUGAUUGCAUGUGCUAAAGCUAUUGCAGAAGCUUCUCAGGAAGUGACUCGCUUAGCAAAGGAACUCGCUAGAGAAUGUACUGACAAACGCAUUCGUACGAACCUUCUUCAAGUUUGUGAACGUAUACCUACCAUAGGUACGCAAUUAAAGAUAUUAUCAACGGUGAAAGCUACAAUGCUGGGUGCACAAGGCACAGAGGAAGAUCAGGAAGCAACAGACAUGUUAGUUGGAAAUGCUCAAAAUCUCAUGCAAAGCGUAAAAGAAACAGUUCGUGCAGCAGAGUGUGCUAGCAUAAAAAUACGCACUGCAUCUGGUAUGAAAUUACGUUGGGUACGACGCCAACCUUGGUACCAAUACUAAAUAAGAUGUUGCAAUAAUGAAAGUAAAUUAUGACAGAUGGGUAAGACUUUCUAACAUUAGAUACAUUUUAAUAAUCGAUUCCACAUGAUAUAUUUCAUGAGUGUUCUAUUGAGGGACAAUAUUCAAAUGUUUAAAAUUAAUGUA